AUGACAGACGAAAAAGUAGAAACCGAUGUUAAUGAAGCAUUUGAGAAUUUAUUACUUGCCGAAGAUCUAGCUGAGCAGGCAGCUUACGAAGAGGGCUUUGCUGUGGGUAAAAAUCAGAUGCUGGAGGGCUACCACCUUGGAUACCACAGAGCAAGUUCACUUGCAGCACAGCUAGGAUAUUAUUUUGGUGUUUUGAUGUUCAUUCAGCAAUCUUCGAAUGUUGACAGAGUUCUAGAGCAAACCAAGAAGCUCAUAGCAGACAUACAGAAAUUUCCUGCCGAUAAUGAUGAUGCAGUUGAUAUUUUUGAAAAAUUUGACAGCAUAAAACUCAAUUUCAAGAAGAUCUGUUCACUGGCUAAAAUAGAUGCUACCUAUCCAGACGCAAACAAACUAGAAUUUUAA